CAGAGAGAGAAUUUUCACAGAGCGGUUUCUAGCUUUCAUCGACAUCUGGAUUACUCUGUGUUUUUCAUUUAUGCACAAAUUUACGUUUACAUAAUAUGUCUUAAAUAAAGUGUGAUUUUUUAAAAAAAGAAGACGUUUCCCUCUCAUAAUUCAUUUUGCUGAAUUUGUUACCCAUUACACAUACAACAAGUUAAUGAAACUCGUCACAAAAUUAUGUCCAUUUGUACUAUUUUUCUUUACCACGACUCAACGCACGGAUGGCACGUUGAGAUUGACGGAUUGAUAUACUCGCAGAGACAAAGUUUUCGAAAACAGUUUCCCAGCUCAAAGUACAAGAACGGAGAGCAAACCGUGGUCGUAGGUCCAGAGGACGAGCCAGAGUUCAAAGGUCACCAGUCAAAACCUCCCCUUCACAUUGUCACCUCUUUUCUUAAACAAAUUGCGCAAUCGGGUUACAAAGUUGAAGGGACGGACAGCACCUCGGAUGAGAACGGUUAUCGAAAAACGACUCUGUGGACACUGCAGUGCAUCAACUAAUAAAAACCAAAAACAACAAAAAUUCAUCACAUUCCAAAAAAUCACAAUCAUUUCCAAAAUUUACUUUAAGUUUUGUCCGUUGACAUUUACCUGUUUCCAAUUUCAUAAUUCCACUCUCGCUAAAAAUUCAUAAUUGACUCCAAAUCUUUACAUUUUUCACAAAAGUAAGACUGAAAAUUAAUUUCCCUUCUCCCAAAAUGGCUACAGCCAUGCCGAAAGGCGUUUUUUCCGUGGAUCGGAUAGUUUCCGACCUUGCUGUCUUUAUCGACUCGUCCGAUCUGCAUUCCCUCCGCGAAUUGUGGAGUUAUCUUGAAGGGAAGUUUUUCUCCCGUCUGGCCCCCACCCAUUCCUCUGUCGUCAAAAAGUACGAAUUCGGACUGUAUAAAUUUUACUUGGUGGAAGCACUCAAAGCCGGAAGGAAGGACAAGCUGUCGGAGUUCUUUGAAAAAAUGGCGACAGAAUUAAACCCUUAUCCAGAGUGGAAAGAAUGGUAUUUAAUCGGUUACAUAAAGAACCCCGAGGACCACUCCACCGCGUCGACUUACAGCAACAAAAACUACCGAGAAGCCUUUUUCGUCUCGAUUCGCAACUUUCUCACCGUGAUCUACCACCGGACUUGGACCGUGGCUGAGGUUUCGCCUAAAAAUCCGUAUUCUAUCGAAAUCAUGGACGAUUUCUUUUCCAUUGCUCAGCCAAAGUUAGGUUAAAUAAAAACACAUAGAAAAUAAUAUUCAAAUUUAAGCCUUCAUUUUAAAGAAAGAGAAAGCUAACACGCAGUAAAUGUUUCUAAACUUAUUUCUAAACGGCAUAAUUAUAAAAUACAAAAAUCAAAUUUAAAUUUUCCAUAAGAAAUAAAAUAAAUACAUCACAUUUCCAUUCAUUAAAA